UUCUUUCUUCAUAUUUUGCGGGAAUCCCUCCAGCCCAUUGCUGCAGCUUUACAGCAGCUGGUUCCCAGUGAACUGGGAGUUUUAAGUGUGCCCCUGUGGUCAGUAUGUUUGUUAAAUAGGUGGACUCUAGAAAGGAGUUCCCAAAUGCUCUUACUGGAAUGCAGGGGGUGGGCAGAGAACCCUGAGGCUGCACUGGGGAUCUGUCUAAUCUCGCUGUGCUCAGUCUUCCUGUGUGUUAAAUAGGGAGCCUGCCCGCCUCCCCCAGGGUGGUUUCCCAGCCAAGUGGCCACAUGCUUUCUGCAGAAGGGCUGGUAAGUGGGCUGCCCUGUGGAGUGGGCAAGCUUUGGCUCCCAGCUAGAUUUGAGGUGGAAUUUUGGACAAUGGUAGAAUUUUCAUUGUCUUCUUCCGCUGACCCCUGGGUCCUAGGAAAGCCAGGCCACCCUGCGCUAACCCCCUCCUAUGGGUCCGUUUUAGGUUGAACCAUGAUUCCAGUGACAGAGCUCCGCUACUUUGCGGACACGCAGCCAGCAUACCGGAUCCUGAAGCCGUGGUGGGAUGUGUUCACGGACUAUAUCUCUAUCGUCAUGCUGAUGAUCGCCGUCUUCGGGGGGACGCUGCAGGUCACCCAAGACAAGAUGAUCUGCCUGCCUUGUAAGUGGGUCACCAAGGACUCCUGCAAUGACUCGUUCCGGGGCUGGGCAGCCCCUGGCCUGGAGCCCACCUACCCCAACUCCACCAUUCUACCGACCCCUGACACGGGCCCCACAGGCAUCAAGUAUGACCUGGAUCGGCACCAGUACAACUACGUGGAUGCCGUGUGCUAUGAGAACCGGCUGCACUGGUUCGCCAAGUACUUCCCCUACCUGGUGCUUCUGCACACGCUCAUCUUCCUGGCCUGCAGCAACUUCUGGUUCAAAUUCCCGCGCACCAGCUCGAAGCUAGAGCACUUUGUGUCUAUCCUGCUGAAGUGCUUCGACUCGCCCUGGACCACGAGGGCUCUGUCAGAGACGGUGGUGGAGGAGAGCGACCCCAAGCCGGCCUUCAGCAAGAUGAAUGGCUCCAUGGACAAGAAGUCAUCAACUGUCAGUGAGGACGUGGAGGCCACCGUGCCCAUGCUGCAGAGGACCAAGUCACGGAUCGAGCAGGGUAUUGUGGACCGCUCAGAGACAGGUGUGCUGGACAAGAAGGAAGGGGAGCAGGCCAAGGCGCUGUUUGAGAAGGUAAAGAAGUUCCGGACUCACGUGGAGGAGGGGGACAUUGUAUACCGCCUCUACAUGCGGCAGACCAUCAUCAAGGUGAUCAAGUUCAUCCUCAUCAUCUGCUACACCGUCUACUACGUGCACAACAUCAAGUUCGACGUGGACUGCACUGUGGACAUUGAGAGCCUGACGGGCUACCGCACUUACCGCUGUGCCCACCCCCUGGCCACACUCUUCAAGAUCCUGGCGUCCUUCUACAUCAGCCUAGUCAUCUUCUACGGCCUCAUCUGUAUGUACACACUGUGGUGGAUGCUACGGCGCUCCCUCAAGAAGUACUCGUUCGAGUCGAUCCGCGAGGAGAGCAGCUACAGCGACAUCCCCGACGUCAAGAACGACUUCGCCUUCAUGCUGCACCUCAUCGACCAAUACGACCCGCUCUACUCCAAGCGCUUCGCCGUCUUCCUGUCGGAGGUGAGCGAAAACAAGCUGCGGCAGCUGAACCUCAACAACGAGUGGACGCUGGACAAGCUCCGGCAGCGGCUCACCAAGAACGCGCAGGACAAGCUGGAGCUGCACCUGUUCAUGCUCAGCGGCAUCCCCGACACCGUGUUUGACCUGGUGGAGCUGGAGGUCCUGAAGCUGGAGCUGAUCCCCGACGUGACCAUUCCACCCAGCAUUGCCCAGCUCACAGGCCUCAAGGAGCUGUGGCUCUACCACACAGCGGCCAAGAUUGAGGCGCCUGCGCUGGCCUUCCUGCGCGAGAACCUGCGGGCGCUGCACAUCAAGUUCACCGACAUCAAGGAGAUCCCGCUGUGGAUCUACAGCCUGAAGACGCUGGAGGAGCUGCACCUGACGGGCAACCUGAGCGCGGAGAACAACCGCUACAUCGUCAUUGACGGGCUGCGGGAGCUCAAACGCCUCAAGGUGCUGCGGCUGAAAAGCAACCUGAGCAAGCUGCCGCAGGUGGUCACAGAUGUGGGCGUGCACCUGCAGAAGCUGUCCAUCAACAACGAGGGCACCAAGCUCAUCGUCCUCAACAGCCUCAAGAAGAUGGCGAACCUGACUGAGCUGGAGCUGAUCCGCUGUGACCUGGAGCGCAUCCCCCACUCCAUCUUCAGCCUCCACAACCUGCAGGAGAUUGACCUCAAGGACAACAACCUCAAGACCAUCGAGGAGAUCAUCAGCUUCCAGCACCUGCACCGCCUCACCUGCCUUAAGCUGUGGUACAACCACAUCGCCUACAUCCCCAUCCAGAUCGGCAACCUCACCAACCUGGAGCGCCUCUACCUGAAUCGCAACAAGAUCGAGAAGAUCCCCACCCAGCUCUUCUACUGCCGCAAGCUGCGCUACCUGGACCUCAGCCACAACAACCUGACCUUCCUCCCCGCUGACAUCGGCCUCCUGCAGAACCUCCAGAACCUGGCCAUCACAGCCAACCGGGUGAGUGGCCCGGCCAUGGCUCUGCGUGUGGGCUGGCGGGCAGCCUGGCCGGCAGGGUCAGUGUCCUGGGACCAUCGAUGCCCUUGAGUGUGGAGUCCUCACCGGGGGUUUACAGAACCACCCAGGAUAGAAGCUCUGUUCAAGAGACAGACUCCUGGGGCCCCAUCCCAGGCCUGCUGAAUCCAAAUCUCUGGGCCUGCGGCCUGUCUUUGCUCCACAAUGUUGUAGUUCUCCUGCCUGGAGAGACUGUAUGGCCAGGCAAGAUCUGUCCCCCAAGGUGACCUUGAGCUGAGUUCCUCUUCAGCAGGGAUGUGCGUGGGCAGGAGGUCUGAACCCAGGGGUUCUCUCGCAAAGCUGGGUGGUGGGAGUCAAGACUUAGCCUGGAGCUUAUGUCUUCCUCAACUUGUUCCCAGUCGGAUUUGGAGGCAAGGAGCCAAUCCAGGUCCACCCAGGACAGUGUGGUUGGCCAGUGCUGGCUGAGGGGAAGCCUCAGAUGGUCUCUACAGCUCCCAGCAUCACUCACACACCUUUCUCUGCUACAUUUGGUGGUGCCAAAGGCAGAGUUGGGCUUAGAUGGGGCUAGCUUGUCACUGCCUGUCUUUCUGAAAAGGAAAUUGUGCAAAUCAUUGUCACUGGGAGUUUGAGAGGCCACACCUUUGACAUACUUUUAAGACUGUUGGUGGCCUGUAGGUGCCAGUCUCUUACCUGGCUGGGGAAGGCCCUAUCCAAGGGCCCCUUGGUGGAGGCAGGCAGUGUGGAUGGAGGGCUGGGUACUCCUGUGGCUCUGUGGUCUGGCCUCCGAAAUGGAAACAAAGCCACUGCCAUUGUGGGGAACGUCCCUCUUCCACCCCUUCUGGGGACCUGCAGGUCUUCCUGGGCCUCACAUCCAGGUAGAGAUUUCCGUAGUGAGAUACGUGGUGGAGGAAGCCUGAGGCCAGGGGCUGGGAGACAGAAGGGAGAGCCAAGUCAGUCACCACUUCUGCCCUCGACACAGCAGCAGCUGUUGUGCCGGGGCCCCUGUGAACUUCACUAGGGAUGCCACCAGGUUCAAGAGGCUAAAGAAGAGACCCGGAGUUGACCAGGCACAAUGGGUCACACCUAUAAUCCGAGCACUUAGGGGAGCCAAGGUGGGACAGUCACUUGAGCUCAGGAGUUCGAGACCAGCCUGGGCAACAUAGGGAAACCCCAUAUCUACCAAAAAUACAGAAAUGAUCC